UACUACCACCUUCUCCUCUUUCUCCUCUUUUCAAACCAUCUCAGCUUGCUUCUUUUACCCUUUCUCCCCUUUUUUUCCCCAGUUCUUCCCUUACACUCUUUCAAAGUGUCCAACUCAAAGACCGCCGAUCUGGCUACCUUGGCUGACCCCAACGAGUUGUUUUUGCCUGGUGAGAGGCAAAACAAUCUCGCAAUGUCGUCCUCGCCGGUUCCCCUCCUCAAACCGCCCGUGCCGGGUAAUCGCAACAAUGGCAGCAGUCCUCGUCCCCCCAAACUCACCCUGGGAAUUCCUCCCUCGCCCAACGCUCGUCCCGUCACAGGAAACGGAGUUCCGACCACUGUAGCGCCCCCUCCGACCGAGGUUCCUCAGCUGCAGCGUCCGGCCGCUCGCCCAGCACCUCCUCAACUGCGCCUCGCUACUCCCAUGGGUAGCAGUCAACCAAUCCCUCAGGUCAAGGCCCGACCGGCUCCUCCACCCUUGGCGACCACCGGCCUGAACGAACCGAAUGGACACUCCCGAACGGGCAGCUUCACCUAUCUCGAUGGCAAGGCCAGUGGACCGGCCUCCGCAUCUUCCUCGAACUAUUCCGCCUUGUCGUUCGCUAUGGGGCUCCGACAACCGCACGGCAGCACACCGGACCCAUCAUCCGCGAUCAGCUCUGUGUAUUCCGACCGGGAAGGAGGGGUGUCAAUGGAACGGGACAGUAGCGUCAACAGCCUGAUUCCUGAUUUGGAUAAGCUGAGCUUGGAGAAGGGCAGGCCCCUCGACGUGGAUGACCUGGAUGAUGAGGGCUGGCUUGCAGCCAGUGAACAGAAAAAGAUCGUGGAGUUGGGUAGUCUGGGUGAAGGAGCGGGAGGUGCUGUGACUCGUUGCAAGCUCAGAGAGGGAAAGACCGUCUUCGCUCUUAAGAUCAUCACCACCGAUCCCAACCCCGACGUCAAGAAACAGAUUGUUCGGGAACUCAACUUCAACAAAGACUGUGCCUCGGAACACAUCUGUCGCUACUACGGUGCAUUCAUGGACAAGUCCACCGGAACGAUCUCGAUUGCAAUGGAAUUCUGCGAAGGCGGUAGCUUGGACAGCAUCUACAAAGAAGUGAAGAAGCUGGGAGGCCGGACAGGAGAAAAGGUGUUGGGCAAGGUCGCCGAAGGCGUCCUCAACGGAUUGACCUAUCUCCACAGUCGGAAGAUCAUCCAUCGAGACAUCAAACCAUCCAACAUUCUCCUUUGUCGGAACGGUCAGGUCAAGCUUUGCGAUUUCGGUGUAAGUGGAGAGUUCGGCACCAAGGGCGAUGCGAACACCUUUAUCGGCACUUCUUACUACAUGGCGCCCGAGCGGAUCACUGGACAAUCAUACACCAUCACUUCGGAUGUCUGGUCUCUGGGCGUGACCUUGCUCGAGGUUGCCCAGCAUCGCUUCCCCUUCCCUGCGGAUGGCACGGAAAUGCAACCCCGGGCCGGCUUGAUUGAUCUCCUAACUUACAUUGUCCGUCAACCGAUUCCCAAAUUGAAGGACGAGCCGGACAACGGCAUCCGUUGGUCGGACAACUUCAAGUACUUCAUCGAAUGCUGUUUGGAGAAAGAACCUCCGCGACGAGCGACGCCAUGGCGGAUGCUGGACCAUCCUUGGAUGCUGGACAUGAAAAACAAAAAGGUCAACAUGGCCAACUUUGUGAAGCAGGUGUGGGAUUGGAAGGAAUAGACUGGCCUGCACAGCAUCUGGACCGCGGGCGCCCAUUCGAGCCCCCCUCACCUCCCAUUGGACUGAUUCUGCUACCUCUUCUAAUACGAUCGCAUAUUACGGUCUUUCCUCUUGAUGCUUACAAGUGGCUGGCCCUUGGUUGACCAGGAUGUCAACGGCAUACGAAUCUGUGAUCAUGACGACGCUCAUUUUUGAU